ACGGCAAGAGAAGUUCAGAACGCAAGGACAACAGAAAUGGCAUAAUAUUCCAAUUCGUAUCCGGCCGUUUCCUUUGUCUUGGGACAUUGAUUCAGACACCCAAUGGCAUUGUACGUUGUACGUUGUGGAGUAGAGUGAAGAAAGAUACAGAGACAGACACAUGGCAAUGGAGUCUCCCUUCAAGGCUGGCAUACUGAAGGGGAAGGUGGCGCUGUUGACAGGAGGAGGGUCAGGAAUCGGGUAUGAGAUAUCGUAUCAAUUGGGGAGACAUGGAGCCUCUAUUGCCAUCAUGGGCCGCCGUAGCCAAGUCCUUCAAGCUGCCGUUGACUCCCUUCGAUCUCAUGGAAUUCCUGCUAUUGGACUAGAGGGAGAUGUACGCAAAAGAGAAGACGCAGUUAGAGUUCUGGAAUCAACAAUUAAGCAUUUUGGCAGGCUUGACAUUCUUGUGAAUUCUGCAGCUGGCAAUUUCCUUGUAGCAGCAGAGGAUCUAUCUCCUAAUGGCUUCCGGACAGUAAUAGACAUAGAUUCUGUUGGCACUUUUACAAUGUGCCGUGAAGCACUCAAGUACCUCAAGAAAGGGGGACCAGGAAAAGACAUCUCUAAUGGUGGAACAAUCAUAAAUAUAAGUGCAACUUUGCAUUAUACAGCUACUUGGUAUCAAAUUCAUGUAUCUGCGGCCAAGGCAGCAGUUGAUAGCAUUACGAGAAGCUUGGCAUUGGAGUGGGGGACAGAUUACAACAUCAGAGUCAAUGGGAUUGCACCAGGACCCAUUGAAGACACUGCUGGUACUAGUAAACUAGGACCUGAGGAAAUGAUGAGCACUAGACAGCACAUGCCUUUAUUUAAACUGGGGGAGAAAUGGGAUAUUGCUAUGGCUGCUCUAUAUCUUGCAUCUGAUGCCGGAAAAUACAUCAACGGAACAACAUUGGUGGUUGAUGGAGGAGAAUGGCUGAGCAAACCCCGCCAUCUACCCAAAGAGGCGGUGAAGCAGCUGUCUCGAGCAGUGGAAAGGAGGUCCAGAGCUGCACUAGUUGGGGUUCCUAAGAGCAAGCUAUAACACUUCAAUUUGAUGAUAAGAUGGAUGAAACAAUUCUUUCGACAAUUACGACCACAAUUGCAUUUGUUCUUACUGUUGGGCUUGUAAUCUUAAAAGAUAUUAGAUCUAGGAGAGUAUUAUGUAGGGAACCUCAUGUUAAUCGAGAGUAUGAAAGAGGGAUUUAUAUAGAUAGUAUUCUUUAUGGAAGCAGACAAGAUUGUAUUGACCAAAUAAGAAUAAGUCCUAUAUCUUUCUUUGAAUUAUGUAAAAUUUUUGCUGAGAACAACCUUGUACGUGAGACCAUUCACAUGUCUAUUAAGGAACAAGUGUUGAUAU